UGAGAAUCAAUAUUGGAUUUAGUGCAUUAAACUCUUAUACUACACUGUUCCACGACAGUGCAGUUGGGUAUCGUUAUUUUUAGGGCAAGCAGUGUCGGACAUAAGUUCUGUCUUGGAAUCGCUGUCGGGUAUACCUUUAGAGGGAGAUAUCGUGGAGCAUAUUGUUGAGUGGCGUCUUCUACUCUAGCUCUGCGUCGCGAAUUGCAUCUUCCAGUGUCCGCGAAUCAAUUCUUAGUGAGCACAAGGGACAUGGUGGUUUUGCAAACGAUGGGCGCAGCAGUUGCCAGGGCAACGACCACGCUGCCGCUCUACGCCGCGAUGCAAUUUCGUAGUAAUGAGCGGUGGCAUCAUGCUACGAGAAGAGUUCAAAUUGGGCGCGUCGUCUCAGCCUCUUCCUCCGCCCACUCUCGUGGAAGUACUUCGACAAACGAUGGACAGACAGCAAAGGAAACAGUGCCUUCGGGAGCAACAACCCCUUUCCAUCUCGCUAUUCCAGUUCAUGAUGUCCAAGCAGCCCGGGAGUUCUUUGGAGGAGUUUUAGGAUGCCCAGAAGGUCGCUCUGCGAAAACUUGGGUCGAUUUCAAUCUCUUCGGCCACCAGGUGGUGUGCCAUGAAGUGCGGAACUAUAAUGCUGCUACAAGCGCAAAUGCUGUUGAUGGAGAUCCAGUGCCUGUCCCACACUUCGGCCUUGCAAUGAGCGUCCCUGAAUUUCAUGCCAUGGCGGAGCGCGUCAGAGCGGCAGGAGUGAGAUUCAUCAUCGAGCCACAUAUUCGGUUCGUGGGGCAGCCUGGUGAGCAGUGGACCAUGUUCUUCAAAGACAGCAGUGGCAAUGCGUUGGAAUUCAAGGCCAUGACCACCCCUAGCAAUCUCUUUGCCAAGUACGUUGUGGAGUGACUCUCGAUCGCUGAAGUUCUAUUCUUUUCACGUGGGUUGCAAGCCAGUUCUACUGAUGGCAUCAGACACUUAAACUGCUGCAAUGGAGAUCGUCGUUCUGCAGGCAGACAGGCAUGUCUGGACUUCAGACAUCAACCUCCGUCUUUGAAGCUAAUUGUUUAUACAAUGGAUUGUAUCAGUGUUCCCGGGCAUCUAAUGAUACUCUUGAAUCGGUUCAGAGUUUUUAGUAGCGAGGUUUCGGUUGCACCUGUGAUCUUUGAUCUGUAUGAAUUUCGAUCUCUGCUUUACAGCAACGUGGGCUGUUAGAGCGGUGAAGUGUCCGUCUAUUGUUUAGGAUCUCGAACUCUCACAAAUCUUUCAUAGUGGAUUAAAUGCUCCAUGCACCACUAAAAGAACUUUAUCCUGAGCUUUACAUUUGAA